ACAAUUAAAGCUAUUCUUGGCUUGAGCACACUCGCACAACUUAGACCACUUCACUUACAAACGCAAAAUGAUUCUGCAUUUAGGAAAAGUUGUAGCCGCAAAUCUGGCCAUUUUAGCAUGUGUGUCUGCUCGAUCACAGUAUUAUUUCGAGAAAUAUCCCUGUAGCGAAAAUGACUGCUCCCGGGACUACCCGUUCUGCCGAUUGGUUGUACCGCCUGGCUGUACCCAUGGUAACAGACAGAUGUGUACCGCAGAUCCUGCUUGCUUUAGCGAUGUGGAGUCGCCGAUACCACACGGCUGUACCCAGGGCCUGCCGAUCGAAGACGCGAACCAACAGGUGAUAAUGUGUACAGAAGACCGGGAGUGCCCCAUGAACACACGCUGUGAAGACCCGCCCAGUAUCAGCUACGCCAAGGGCGAAAAACCAACCGGACCCCGGGGCACUUGUUGUUGGGACGCCACAAAAGAGCCCCCUAACUGGCGCCCGUAACAUGUUAAUGACGU